UAUUUAAUGUCACUCCUAAGUACUAGCUGUCAAAAAGUGCUUUUCUAGUUCUUUUCAACUUGAGUUGUCCUCUUUGUAUUACGUGAAUAAUUUCAAAACAUAACAUCCCUGAUAAAAUGCUUUUAUUACUGGAAAACCAGGCACCCCCACCUAAUUGAGAUCUCUGGCCAGGCCUUACAAAGAGUAGAACAUGCCAGAAUAUCACCAGACUACUCUCAGUUCUCCUAUCACCAAGCAAAUAUAAAAAGAGUGCUGGCUCCAUCAUUCUUCACCAAAUAAUGUGUGGAUCCAAGGAACUCCACAAUAGCAGCUGUUCCUAACUGCAAGAGUUGGUGUGCAGCUUUUGGCAAAGUCUUGAAGACAAUCCAAAGCAUAGAAAGGUGGUAUAAUCUUCCUUCCUCCUCACUCAGUACAAAAUUAUGAAAGAUAGUAUGAACUUGCAACAGUUAGUUUCAAAGGUACAUUCUUACCAGAGAAUGAUAUCUUCUAUUGCUAAAUCAUUGCCAGCUGUAGCAGAACUGAACCCUUAUGAGAUCCUUGCCUGGCUCUUGAGGUGAGAAAGAUCAUGCAUGUUCAGUCACCAAUUGCACCAGACUCCAGUAACUAAUCUCACUUGCCAGGUUAUUACUGAUAAUGGUAUGUGACAUAGGGUUGCUCAGUGAGUAGAGUUCUGUGAUGUAAUGGGAGGUUGUGACACCAACAGUUCACUAGCAUGUUUGCCAGCUUGAGAUGCUAAACCAGUCACCUCUUUCUUGUUAUAUAUGUCAGUCAUGCAGCUACAUCUCAUAUGAACUCAUGUGAACCAUGCUGUAAGAAGAGUCCUUCUUCCUACCAUGUUGCCUUCUCUUAAUAAAGGAUGUCUGAAAAGGAUUGUGAUAACGAGAGUUGCUCUGCUCUUAAUGUGCCAGAUUUCAAGAAUGCUUUGAAGGAGUUCCAGAAACUAGUUGAAAAAACAGUAACACAGAAGACAGAGGAAAGAUUAGGCUUGUAUAUUAAAGAUGAUGAUGAGAUAGACUAUGAUAAGUUCCAACAGACACUUUUUAGCCCAGAAGUUAAGGAUCAUAAUGUUAAAGCCUUUUUCAGGAAGAUUAGCAACAACCUUGAUGCAAGAACAGAAUGGUGUGAGAUUUUUGGCUAUUUCAUAGGAGAAAGUGGUGCCGUGUCUUCCCAGGUUCAAGAAGAAAACAUAGUUUUCCUUGUAUCUGAAAAACAGCAGACUACUCAUCCAGUUGUCAAGAGACGAGAUGUGAUUAAAAGCAUAGUGAAGGUGCCCCAUCUGGAUUUCACAGUAACAUCCUCUCAGAAAGGAGUGCUAACUAUUUUUAAGAACCAGAUGAGGGUUCUGGCAACCACCAAUGUUGAAGAUACUGCUUGGAUCACUGGAUGUGAUUUCCUAACUCAGAUGGAAUAUGUUGUGGCUGUAACUGAAAGGACAAUCAUCGUCUGGGACUAUAAAUCAAAAGGAAGUCAGGUAAAUAAUUGCUUUAUCAUCAAACCAAUGGAAAAUGGUCUGCUCUGUGUUUGCACGGUGACUAUGUCAGAUCACCUGGCUGAUGAUAAUAUCAUAAUGGGAGAUGAUAAGGGUUAUGUUCACCUGCUUAAAGUGACCGGUGAUCACUUCGGAUUGAAGCAAUGUAAAGGCAAAAAGGAAUCACAGGUUCAGAUUUUGGAUUCCAAAAUUUUUAACAUUGUUAAAUACAAGCUACAUGAUGACUGGGUUGUGAAAGUUAAGUAUAUUUCUGACCUAAAUUGUUUUGGAUCCUGCUCCUCAGACAGUAUUCAUUCAUUUGUUUUGGAUGACAUAAAGGGAGUAGAGGAUAGCUUACUUGUAAAGGAAUUUUCAGUCCCUAGAGGGGUGAAUGCCUUCACAUAUUGUGGAAAAGCAAAAGUCAUUGUCACUGGAGGUCAUGACAAAUUCCUUCAUUUGUGGCAUCCUUGUAUUAAUAGCAGGCCUACAGGGAAGCUAUCAGGACACCAACAUAGUGUUGUGGAAAUUGUGACAAAUGAAAAAGAUCAGUAUGUUAUCAGCCUUUCUUCUGCAAAGAUUUUUCGAGUGUGGGAUAUACAGACCCUUUCAAUGCUUCAGGUCUUUCAUGAUAAUCAAGGGAUUCCUGGAGAGUUGGAGACCCUUGCCAUGGUAUUUGACAAUGAUCGUGGCACGCUGAUCACAGGUUCAACUGUCAUUGAUAUUUAUCCCCUAACUCACAUGAUACAAGAUACAAAACAGGUUCCACAGACACAUGAGAAAAGCAUCAAUGUUCUGGCUUACAACAGGGCUUUUCACCAAAUCAUCACUAUCUGCUCUCAGUCAAUACUGAAGCAAUUCUGGAGACGAUUUGCUGACUUCCAUAGAUCCUUUUCUCUUUUAACAAAUUUCCUAGAACAUGUUGUUCUGAGCCUUAAGGAUUUCAAGUCAUACAUUCCUGAGUAUGAAGCACAGGUUGUUGUAGAGAGUCCAUUCACUUUUGUGUACAUUUCUCAUUCUUGUCUAGGAACUGUGAAAAUCUGGGAUAUUGGAAGUGGACAGAAAGUUAAAGCCUUGCCUUUGGCCCAGCACAGCAAAGAUGAGCAUGGUCUGCUGAAGCUAGUUUAUCUGAAGGCUAGUGAGAGUCAACAUGCAAUUCUUGUUUUGGAGCAGAGUGGGAAGAUGAAAAUCAUUCAGGGUAAUGAAAUUAAAAUGUGUCUAGAAGUUACAUGGGUGCUUCCUGAGGCAGUGUUGUUUCUACAAAGGAAUCCAGUUGAGUUUCUGUCACUGAAGCCUGACACCUUACAAAAACAUGAUUUUUUUCUGAAUAUUCAGCUGCCGUCUGACACCAGUACUCUGAGCAAUGAUACAGAGUGUUUUGUACCUUCUGUGGAAAUGAAGUGCUUUGAUGUUUUAAAAGUAGAAGGAUGCAGUUUGAUAACUACAGGAAGUGCAAAUGGUGCAAUAAUUUUGUGGGAUUUUGAAUCUGCUUCUGUCAGAUCCAGUAACCAUGGUGGCAUACAGAACUGCCUGAAAUGUGGUUAUGUUGCUUUUUUCCCUCAGCAAAUAAAGGAGGAGCUAUGCUGGAGGGCACGUUCUACUGAAGUGGUUGGCUUAUUUCAUGAAGAGGAGAAAAAUGUGGUAGUGACAGCAUCUGUUGAUGGUUCAGUCAGACUCUGGCAUGCCACGAAUGGAUGCUAUCUUGGUUACUUCGGACAGCCCAGGAAGUUUGAAUUACCAGAUAUCAGUCGGUUGAUUUUGCCUUGUGAUGUUAAUAGCUUUCCUAUUAUAAUUAAAAAGGAAAGCAAGCAUAUGGAAAAUAAAAAGAAAUUUGAAUAUCCUCUAAUGCCGGACAGGGACAGUAAUGCACUGACUUUGGUUUCCCUUGAUCAGAUCCACAGACAACCUUUGGAAAUUUUUGAGUCAGGAAACAGAGAAGCUGGUGCAGUAUUUGGGUCUCUUCCCAUAUAUGAGCUUGGGAAGCCAAUUGAAGAGAGCAUGCAACACAGUCUUCAGUGGAACAAAGCUGAGAUGUCCAGUCCAUCUAGAUGGACGGUGGAGACAGAGCUCAGUGGAGAACAAGAUCAAGACAAACAAACAUAAUGUCCAUCUUAAGACAAGUGGAUUAGCAGUGGAACUGCAGCACUAACAUCUCAGGAUGGCUUGUGGUCUGCUUUACAUGACUGGCUCUGGCCCUGACAUGGGAAAUGUAAUGGCGAGCUCUGGCCAGCCCACUGGAGUGAGAGCAGGAUCUCAUCAGGACACAUCAGACACAUCACACAAAGACUGCACUUGCUCUCAUUAGCAAAGAUAUGAAGACAUAUUUCCUGAAGAUAGGAAAAAUCAUGAAUAAAAUCAAUCUGAGACUGUUUUAGGUUCCAGCACGUGUGUUGCCAGUAGGGAGAAUUUAAGGCUGGCACUGUAGAGUGCCUUGUUGUCCUAGUCUGUGGCAUGUGCAGACCACAUGUUGGCUAUCAAACUACAUUUGACUGCGUUUAAUGUGUCAAAUAGGCAGACUGAGAUACUGCAGCUGAAUUGUAGCAGAUGUUUAAAUAGGAAGUCAAUCCCAUGCAUGAGAUGUCCCAAAACAUUAACUUGAUCUCUGAAAUAAAAACGUUUCUUUCACGCCUUUUUUCAUUUGUGUAGUUUGACUAUCCUUGUAAAAUUCCUCUGUGAACCACUUCAAAUUUCAGUAUGGGAUAUGGAUGUUCCAGGCUUUGUUUUUAAUGAAAGCAGUUACAGUAGUAUGCAUAUACAGAUUUAAAUUUCUAACUUUAAGCACUGAUCCUUACAGUAACCCCAAGGUUUCGCUGCAGUAACAUCUGUCCCUGGCCUCUCCCCUUGUAGUCAGUGACCUACUUCCACUCUCUCCCCACCUUCACCGGGUUAGUUGCGGGGCUAAGUCCUCGUCGCAUCCUGCAAAACUCUGUGCCGCCUUUUGGCUCCAGUAUAUUUGGUGUUUGUAAUUUUCAUGUUUGCUGUUAUGCAUACGCUGCCUUCAACUGCAGGUCACGGAUCCUCUGCUGUAAUUGAGCUGAUCUGGAGUAAUCGCUGUGAGGAACACUGGCAGAAGCGGUUUGUUCAGCAUGACUGGCAUUUCAUGGCUCCCUUGGAAAACCACUUACAGCAACAGUAUAGGCCUGACCAUUACUGUACCUUAGUGCCUUAUUCAGCUCUGUUUAGAUCUCCUUAAGUUUUUAGCUUUUUUAGUGUUUAGGUUCUUUACGUGUAGGUAUUUUAAGGAGGCAACAGACACAAAUACAUUACACUUGUUUUUUCUGCAUUUUUUUUUAUUUUAACUUCUCACUAUCAGAAAAAAAUUUCUACAUCCCAGGGUACACCCAUGACCAGACAGCCGGGAUAAAAAGAACAGAGAACAAAUGCUGAGCACUGCAACGGCCCGACAUUUGCGGGACGUUGCCCAUACGCUUCUCCAGGCGCCAACAAGCACCAUUACCGAGCGCUGCCCGAACCGAACGCCCACUCCCACCCCACA